CUCCCGUCACACUGGAAAAGCUUGCAAAAGGAUAAGCAGCUCGUAAAACCUGAUUCACGAGCUUCAUCGUGCGGGAGUAGUCAACUUGAAGAUUUUUGAGCGGUUCUUUUGUUUCAACGCUGAAGAUUAUUUGCCCGUUGAAAUAUGAAGCUGUCCACUUGCAUCAUCCUGAUGCUCAACUGCCUCGGCACUUGUUCGCAAGUGCUUGUCAAAAGCUGCUUACUCCUGUCUUGUUCCGCCAAGACAACUUCUGAAGUGGCGACAGUCAAUGGCAACGAGUUCACAUAUGCGGAUUACACCCAGAAAAAGUUCGUGUUCACUAUUCCCAAAUUUAUUAUUUUGGAUCCAGCCUCGGUGCUCCAGCAUUUAUUUUCCCCAAAAGCCUUACAGACAAACGCCCGACACUGCCACGCGGGUUGGCCCAUUGCAAAGGAAGAGAUCAAGUAUUCAGCAAACAUAGAAGACCCCCCAGAGAGUGCCCUCUACCCGGCAGACCAGCUUCAGCCAGGUCAAGAAGAAAACACCUUGAUUUGCUUCAUGGAUAAUUUCUCCCCACCCGACAUCCGAGUUCACUGGAGCAAAAAUGGCGUCGCGGUGCCGGAGGAGGGCCCAGCCCGUCGUUACUACCACAACGAGGAUCUCACCUUCCGCACGAUAGCAACGCUGACUUUCACACCAAAGGAAGGCGACGUUUACGGCUGCACUGUGGAGCACUCGGCGCUGGACAAGCCAAAAACAAUGUUCUUGGAGGUGAAGUUCAGUCAUCCCGGCGUCGGACCGGACGUCUUCUGCGGCGUGGGCCUGAGUGCGGCGUUGCUCGGAGUCGCUUCUGGAGUUUUGCUGGGAGUCAAAGGACGCUACGCAACAUCUCUUUUGUGAUUUGAUUGCAUGUAUUUUGAAUCAGAGCUUCGCCGGUUUUGUCACGUGCGACUUGCUUGCCAAAUCCUUCAGAAAGACUUGACUUGAUGUUUCACUAAGAAGCAGCGUGUUUCAGCUGUGUCGAAUACAAAUGCGCCCACGGGUAUGUGACUUGA